UACCCACACUCCCACCUUCACCUUCAUUUUCACCAGUCUCAAAAUCAUCAAAACCUCCAUUUUCCAGAUAUUUUUAAUCGAAUUAGUUGUUGUUAUACAUGGCGGAAGAGACUUUGAAGACGGCGGCGGCAGCAUCGGAGGCUCCGGUAGCGGCUGCUGAAGUUGCUGUUGUUCCAGAGGCGGAGAAGGCUGAAGCGACUGUCGUUUGUGAGAAAGAUGGGCCACCGGAACCUGAGGCUGCGGUCGAGGAGCCUGUGAAAGUUGUAGAAGAGGAGAAGGAGAAGAUUACUGAAUCGGCUUCGUUCAAGGAGGAAUCUAAUGUUGCCGGUGAGCUUCCUGAUCCACAGAAGAAGGCGUUGGAUGAACUGAAACAGUUGGUUCAGGAGGCGCUUAACAAGCAUGAGUUUACCGCUCCUCCGGCACCUGUUAAGGAGGAGAAGCCGGCAGAGGAGAAAGCUGCGAAGGCCGUUGAAGAAGAAGGUAAGGCUUGUGAUGAGACGGCUGCGAAGGAUGAAUCUACACCAGAGCUGGAGACGGUUGUGGUUGAGAGUAAGGAAGAGAAGGCCGUUCCACCGACCGCGGAGGCAUCGGAAUCUGCGGCCGAGUGCAAAGAAGAAGAGAAGACCACCCCGGCUCCACCAGCACCAGCAGCCGAGGUACCGGAACCGGUGAAGGAGGUGACUGAAGUAGUCGAGAAAGUUGAAACCUGCGUAGACGAAGACGGAGCGAAGAAGAUCGAAGCGAUUCAGGAAACAAUUGUGGCAGUCGCGACUUCUUCUGAGCCACCAAAGACUGAAGAAACCGAGCAGGUAGCACCACCAGAGACGGCGACUGAAGAGACCCCUGCCGCCCCUCCUCCACCACCGGAAGAGGUCUCCAUCUGGGGAAUCCCCUUACUCGCCGACGAGCGCAGCGACGUCGUUCUAUUGAAAUUCCUCCGAGCAAGAGACUUCAAGGUGAAAGAGGCCUUGACCAUGCUAAAAAACGUGGUGGCUUGGAGAAAGGAGUUCGGCAUCGAAUCAUUGCUGGAGGAAGAUCUGGGAACAGAGCAAGAAAAAGUGGUUUACAUGCAUGGGGUCGACAAAGAAGGCCACCCAGUCUGCUACAACGCAUACGGCGAGUACCAGAACAAGGAACUAUAUAACGCCACCUUCUCCGAUGAAGAAAAACGCACCAAGUUCCUCCGAUGGAGGAUUCAAUUCCUGGAAAAGAGCAUCAGGAAGCUCGAUUUCAGCCCAGAUGGAAUUUGCACAAUUGUUCAAGUCAACGAUCUCAAAAAUUCUCCCGGACCUUUCAAGAGAGAGCUCCGUCAAGCCACCAAUCAAGCCCUUCAAUUGCUCCAAGACAAUUAUCCUGAAUUCGUCGCUAGACAGGUAUUCAUCAACGUUCCAUGGUGGUACCUUGCUUUCUACAAAAUGAUCAAUCCUUUCUUCACUCAAAGAACCAAGAGCAAGUUUGUCUUCGCUGGCCCUUCAAAAACCGCUGAAACCCUCUUCAAAUACAUCGCACCUGAGCUUGUUCCAGUCCAAUACGGCGGACUUAGCCGGGAAGGCGAACAAGAAUUCACCUCUUCCGACACAGUCACAGAAGAAAUCAUCAAACCUGCAACCAAACACACAAUCGAAUUCCCUGCUCCUGAGACUUGCACAUUCGUAUGGGAGGCCAGAGUGGUCGGCUAUGAAGUGACAUACGGAGCCGAGUACGUGCCUGCGGCGGAAGACGGGUACACAGUCAUCAUUCAAAAGUCGAGAAAAAUUACAGCCACCGCCGACGAGCCGGUGAUCUGUGGCAGCUUCAAAUGCGGUGAACCGGGGAAAGUGGUGCUCACGUUCGACAACCAGACGUCGAAGAAGAAGAAGGUCUUGUACAGGAGCAAGACAAAAGUGAGCUCUGAUUAAGCUCUGUUUGUGUCCAUCACAUCACCAUCAAUACUGAACAAGAACCAGGGGCUGUUUGUGAAAUUACCAAAAUAGGUUUUUCUUCAUUUUUGGUGGGGUAUUAUAUUAUUAUUAAAUUUUUUAUUCAUGGAUUUAUAUUUAUCUUGGAAUCUUUUUACAUGGGAUUCUUUUUGGGGAUUUGUCUAUUUGGGGUUUGAACUUUGAAUUGCUUUACUUAUUACAAAUACUAUGUUGCAUUGUUGGACCUUUGGACCAAGAAAAGUAAAGUAAAAAUUUGAAAAUUUUAUACAAAAUAUAUAUAGAAGUGGAUUUGUGGGCA